AUGUCGACAAGUAAGAAACUUUCUCGAGAACAAAAGGGGAAGAUGCGUGCGGCCUCGUCGGGAUCUGGUGAUGACUUAGAGACGGUCCGUGGUUCUGAAGGAAGCCAAGAGGCGGUUCAUCGCGAGGCGAUGAUGGAUACAGAGAACUUGAGUCGUGCGCAGCGCGUUCUUAUUUCGGAAUCGAGAGUGCAGUCGCGGAAGGACGACGACGGUCGUGAUCAUGUUGACGAUCAGAUGAUCCCGAUAAGCUUUUAUCCGGGGAACAUCUUCGAGGAGCAACCUCCGCUUGAUCGGGAGCGCGUGCGUCCUUCGGUCGUCGAAGGCCAGGACUGGCGGGGUGUCGAGAAGACGAGGUCGACCGUCGAGUCGGUGACGAGACUCCUACGGGCUCGCGACGCAGCGGGGGUUACGUUUAUAAUCCCGAAUAGCGACCAGCGGCCCUGGUCUCCUCCGAAAGGCUACCAGUGCGUCUACGAGUCGUACUUCGAGGGCGACACGAAGCUGUGGUUUCCGAUUCCUCGAAUCGUCACUGCGUUUGCGAUGCGCCGAGGAGCCGCCCUUAGCCAAUUUCUGAAUGGUGCGUGGCGGCUGGCCGUGGCACUGACGAUUAUCGGAGCAGAAGCUGGUGUUCCUCUCAACGUCCGAGCUUUCGAGGAAUUAGUGUCAGCGAAGAUAAAGGGCGGACUGAUUUCGCUGAAGAUCCGCCCCAACUAUAACGUGGUGACCGGCUACCCCAACAAGACGAACAACUGGCAGCGGUCCUACUUCUACGUCAAAUCUGACAGGGCUGCGUUCGAGGAGCCGCUGAGGACCGGCUAUCGUGUUUUAUGGGCCCGAGAGAUGGUUGCUCUUCCGAACACCGCAGAGUACGAGGAGGACUUUUUGACGAGCGCGCGUCUGAUCGCAUCGCAGAGACAGGACCAUUGGAAUAAUUUUUCCUACCGGAGGAUUAGUCGAUCGAUCGGGUGGAUUAGUCAGCAGGUUUGGCGUUCGGACACGAUCCCCAUUGUCACGAAUAAGACGAAGAGGGUCAAUUUGUUCAAUUCGGCCGAGCAGAGGGAGAUAAACCGAGCAAGAGCGAUGAGGACUAUUCCAAAUUUGAGUUUGGUGGUUGCGAAGAAAGUCGGCUCCGCAAAGAAAUCUCAGCCCGAUACCGCGGGCUCGCCUAAUUUAGGAGAUCCGAGCGCGACCGAGUCGGACGCUGAGGCUCAGUUGGUUAGAAAGACCAACAAGAAGAGACAGCGCGAAGAGGAGGGCGCGGCUGUCGAGGAAACGAACGUUGGGGCUUCCUCUCCUCAAGGGCAUUCUGGGUCAGAGGGGAGAAGGAAGAAGGCAAGGGGCGAUUCUCCCGCGAUCCGAUCCUCGUCCGUUGAGGAAGGCGAGCUCAGGGACCUGGAACCGAGCGGUGGUUCCAAAGAUGAGGUGGUCCCCGAAUCACAGCCUGCGGGCAGCCGCGACGAAGAUCUUCCGGCGGUCUCUCCAAAGGCCAAGAAGAAGGACAAGGGGAGGAAGAGGAAGAAGAAAGCCGCCGAAAUGGUUCCUCGAGGCUCUUCUGAGGAGCUGAACGACGAGGAGGAAGAUGCCACCCGUUCCGGGGAAUCGCUGGGCCCGGGGCGUGAAGUCGUGCCGGAGGAACCCGCUCCUCAGGUCGCUGAAGGGACCGUUGCUGUCCCGAAGAAGAGGAAGAAGAAAAAGAAGGGUUGUCCGGACAGGGUUUCUUUCUCUUACGACCGCGAGGUCCCGCUAGCGCAUGACGAGCAGGAGUGCGGUCGCCUGGUUCGUCAGUUUAGGGGAGAUCGGGGCGCGCUGCCGCCGGUCAAGGACUUGAUCUUCAAGGAGGAGUACAAGUUCGCCGCCCGUACCUCCAUCAUGAGCCUCGGAGACUGGAACGUUUUAGUGAGGAAAUACGAUGAGGAGCUGAGAGGCGCGUUCGAGUUGGUCGACAAGCAGAAGAGGAGCCAUAAACGCGCGACUCGGGCUUUGAAGGAUGCAGUCCGUGCAAAGGACGAAGCAGUUGCCCAAGAAGAAGCGCUGAGGAAGGAGCUCGACGAGCAGAGGGGAAUCAUGGCGAUCGAGUUGGCGUCUGCUCGGGACCUGGUAAAGAAGGCGGAGAAAGAGAAAGCCGAGUUGCGGAAGAGAAAUGCCGACUUGCAAGGCAAGAAUGCGACUCUCGAGAAGGAGGUGGUGGCCUCUGCUUUGAAUUUCUCCCGGGAGAUGGAUCGCUUGAGGGAAUCUCGCAAACUUGAGGUCACUCAUGAGCGAAUCCGCGUGAUGGCGGCAAUGACGGGAAAAUGCUCCCGACGCUUCAAAAAUAUUCAGGACCGAGAGAAGCGCCGUGAUGAUUUCGAGGACUCGCGGUGUAUGCUUGGUCAAGCGCGCGGGAUGCGAGACUGCCUCGAGGCUUUGAAGGAAUCGGGGAAAGAUAUCCCUCAGGAGACCAUUGAUACGUACGCCGACUUGGAGAAGUACUACGAUGGGGAGACGACUCGUCUGGAGGUAGGCGUGAUUCCGGACUCGGAUCUAACCUUGUCUCCUUUGGUGCUGAAGUCUCGGUUCGUGAUCGAAGAAAUCCUCGAGAAGGUUGACAAGCAUGGGUCGAACCUUGAGCUGAUCGAUUCUGAAGCCGCGGCAGCGCUCCGAUCUCCGAGUGAUGGAUUUAUUAGGGACCUCCUCGACACGGUACAAUCUCCUGCUCGUCCCGACGCCACUCUUCCUAUCAAAGCGGCUGCGCCAGACAAGAAAGCCGUUGAAGUGGACCCGAAGGCGCCCGGUGCCGAUGCCCGGGAGAAGUUGGUUACAAUCUCCGACAGUUCGUCCCUCGGGACUUCCGAUCCUGACGCGAGUGAAGGCCUUUCGGAUCCGAACCGCGAGAUCAGGCUUGCCUCUCCAUCGAGCAAGGGUCAAAGUACCGGCAACGUAUCCAGCUCGGGCCCUCCUGAGAAGAAAGAUCCCCCUGCUGAGGGAUGAUUACCCAUGUUUGUUGUAUCUCUUUUUCGGCCGUUUGGCCUUGUUUGUUUAAGACCUCGUUUCUCGGCGUUAAGCCUUUGAUGUAUGAAUUAUUUUCUUUUGGUUUUUAUCAGACAAGUGUUUCUUUAUAUAUUUCCGUAA